AUGGCAACAGUUGAUGAGGGAAUAAUAUACAUCAAGCAUAUGCUUAACAUUACGAUUCCCAGAGGAAAGAUGGAAGAUGUAAUGGACAUGGCCAAGGAGAACGUGAUUGCAUGGCGAAUGGCUGCUUCUGAGUCUGCAAAUAAAGAGCUCACUUCAACCCACCCAAUUUGUCUUGGCCUGGCUCUCAAUUUCUCCGUGGCAUGCCAUUUGGCUAAACAUGCUUUUGAUGAGGCGAUUUCUGAGUUGGAAACUUUGAGUGAGGAAUCAUACAAAGACAACACCUUGAUCAUGCAACUUUUGAGAGAUAAUCUUACUCUUUGGUCUUCUGAUUUUCCUGAGGAUGGAUGUAUUCCAUACCCUUCUGAUAUGCUUUACACCCAAAAAGUCAAUGAAGUACCUAUAUUUAGCUUAAUGGAAAUGUUUGAAUGUUAG